AUGAAUCAUAAACCCAACCCUUCUCUCACUUUGAGUUUAUCAGCAAUCGAGCUCAACCUCGACCCUGAACCCAACCCUUCAUCUAUUCCUCCGUCGUCGCUGUCUUCACCCCAGGUCAAGACCCGAGUUUUCCCCUGUACCUACUGCCUGAGAACGUUUUACAGUUCACAAGCUCUUGGAGGACACCAAAAUGCUCACAAACUCGAGAGGACCUUAGCCAAGAAAAGCAGAGAACUAUGUACAAGUUUGAGUUCUAGCGGCCCCUGGUUUUCCACUGAUAUUAGCAAUGAAACGAGAGAAGUGAAUUAUCAUCAGUGGAAAAAGGAAUACAAAGCUGAUAGUCAUGUUCAAGAAGAGCUCAGCCAGGUUGAUUUAUCUCUUAGGCUUUGA